UAUAUAUGCGGAUAUCAUACUCCUUCGCAGUUUUGUUUUUUUUCUGUCUUCUUUUUCCGUUAAAUACAGUUAAAUGAAGCAUAAACAUGUUCUGCCGAUCUCUGCCGUUUUGCAAAACAGUAUACGCUGAAAAUUGAUUAUGUUAAUAUUUAAUAUUACUGAUAAAAUACGUUACAAUCGAUAAAAUUAUGUUCGUUCUAUAUAUACCUUACAUCAAAAAAUAUGUGGGAAAUUUAAAUAAUAAACCAUAAAACAAAUAUUUAAAAACAAUUUUCUAUAACUAUCACGAUUUUACGUAAUUUUUGUUGAAAUAGAGAUAUGUAUCAAGGUUAUCGUUUUGCUUUUUUCCUCAUAUACAACUAUUUAUCAGUCUUGGGAUUGGACAAGUGUGAUACUAUAUGUGAUGCUCAGGGAUGCAGAGCACUAAUUACUCAUUCAGGUCUGGACAACUGUACAGAAGAUGAUUUGGAAAAAUUACCACAUAAUAUUAAUUUCACUGUAAAAAACGGGGAAUCUUUUGAUUAUCCUGCUAGCUUAGAAAUAAAUUCUAUACAACCAAAAAAGAAAUGUAUGUAUAAAGUAACAUUAUUAGCAAAUGAGUCAAUUAACGAAACUGGAUGCAAAACUUAUGAUUUUCAUAAACUGCAUGGUACUGAAGUACAUACUCCCGAAAAGACAGUAUGUUUUUUCUCAAAUACCACUCCCUAUUUGAAUAUAAGUUACCCACAUAUAUUUACUGCAUGUUAUGCUGUGCAAUUCAGUUUUGACCAUAAGAGAUAUAUAUUUAAAAAAUUCUUGACAACAAAAUAUAAACGCACAGUGACCACAACUCCGCAAUUGACAUGUACAUACAGAAUUAUGGAUGACAACUCUACAGAGAAAAGACUCUACUUUGAUGUAGAUCUCUUAAUACCACUAAUUUCCGAAGUGGAAUUAGGAUUAGGAUCAAUCAACAACUCGACUGGACAAGAGAACUGUAUUUACAAUGCAACACUAAGAAAACAAUGGACCGAAAAUAUUUCAACAAUAUACAAUGAAUUUAAGAAGAAUACAUCUAAUGUAGCUGUGCUGAAGAAUGGAAAGUAUAAGAAACAUAUUUCAUUUGAAAUUAAUUCUGUAAAUAAUAGGGGUUAUUGCUUUUAUGUAUAUUUUAAUGAUGAAAGAUGUAAUGCCAACACUCUAUGGGAACUUUUUGACUGUAGAGCAUACAAAAAUUGCUAUCCUGUUUUUAACCAGAAGAGUCAUCAUAAUGUUGCUCCCAUAAGCACUACAACCAACUACAUAAACUGGAUAGUAGUUAUUAUCGCAAUCAUCCUGUCUAUAAUACUUACAAUUGUAUGUUUUGUGUAUGUUGCAAAUGCACGUAUUUGGGAAAAAUUCUAUGUAACUAUGGGCAAAACUAAUCAAAAAAUUAAUGAAAAAGGUCAUCAAUUAAAUGCUUUAAAGGAUAAAGAUACUAUUUAUACGGACAUUGUAUUAUUAUAUCCAAGAGGUUCUGAAUGUUUUAUGGCAGAAAUGGCUGAGUUUAGAGAAAUACUUAGCAAAGCUUGUCAGUGUUUUGUUCAUGAUUGGUACAAUGCAACAGAAUGCAAUCAUGUUGCUACAAUUGGUGGUUUUAAAUGGUUCAAUGAAAUGCUCCACAGUGGAUGCCACAUUAUUUGGGUGGAUACACCAAGAAGCAGAUUAUUAAUUGCUAGGAGAUUUAAAAAUGGUCUAUUUGUAGAUAACUAUGAAGAUACUAAAUCUGAUAACAUUUGUGAUUUUCGAGACAUAGAAUUUACUACAAUAUUUGAUUUGGCAAAACGUAAUAUGGAGCACUCAAUACAAGAGCAUUGUAAACAGUUUAUUGUCAGAAUAAAAGGGUUUGAAAGUUCUGAAAAUGAAAGUGACCCAUUUCUCGAUUUGUCUUCAGAUACACGUUAUAUCAUACCUCAAGAUCUAAGCUUACUUUGUUCAAAUUUGUAAGUCAAUUUUAAACUAACAUAUUCUCUUCUCAAAUAGAAUUUUCUAUCUUAUCAUUAAUUUUAUUAAAAUAUUAUGAUUAUAUCGCCAUGA